AUAAAAACAAAAAUAGUAGACUUCUUUAUAACUUAUUUAAAAAUCGAUAAAAGGAAAAUAUAAAAUGGAACCAAAACUGACGGGAGAUGAAAUAGUGAUAUCCGGUAUAGCUGGAAAAUUUCCGAAUUGUGAUAGUGUUAACGAAUUUCAAAAGAAUCUUUUAAAUAAAAUAGACUGCGUUAGUGACAGCCAAGCUCGUUGGAAGAAUGUACAUCCUCAAGUUCCUAAGCGAAUCGGCACAAUGAAAACUAUACACAAUUUUGAUUCUGCAUUUUUUGGUGUUCACGGAAAAAUGAUAGAUGCUAUGGAUCCUAUGUUAAGAAUAUUGAUAGAAACUACAUAUGAAGCAAUCACAGAUGCUGGAUUUAAUCCAAGCAAUUUGAGAGGAAGUAAAACGGCAGUUUUUACAGGAUCCAAGACUUCAGAGGCUGAACAGUCAACCUCUAACAAAAGAUUUUGGCAACAUAAGUACGGCUUAUAUGGAAUGAGUCGUGCUAUGUUGCCAAAUCGACUUUCAUUUCUCUUUGACUUUACUGGGCCAAGUAUUAACGUUGAUUCUGGCUGCUGUGGUGGUACUAGUGCAUUACACGAAGGAUUUAUGGCAAUUAAAGAUGGACGAGUUGAAAAUGCCAUUAUCGGUGCUAGUAAUGUUCUUUUAGAUCCAGAAGUGUCUCUAGAAUUAACUUUGUUAGAUCUUUUAUCACCUGAUGGCAAAACAAAAUCAUUCGACAAUGCAGCUGAUGGUUAUGCUCGCAGUGAAGCAAUUGUAGUUCUAUUUCUUCAAAAGGCUAGUCAAGCAAAACGUAUUUAUGCAGAAGUAAAAAAUUCUCUCAUUUCUUUUGGAGAUAUCAGAAAUGACGAUUUGCAUUAUUAUUCGACCAAUGAUUCUCUAGCAAAUCUCAUGAAAAAUAACUUAAAGGAGUGUGGUCUUUCUGGUAAAGAUAUUUCAUAUGUAGAAGCUGAUGGUUCGGGAAUUAAAAAUGUUGAUGCUGAAGAGGUAAAAGUCAUUGAUGAAGUUUACAAUGAAGAACGAAAGUUGCCACUUCCUAUUGGAUCCGUCAAAUCUAAUAUUGGAUUUUGUCCAGCAACAAAUCCAAUUAUUGGAGUUAUUAAGAUUAUCACAGCAAUGGAAUCAGGAUACAUUCCACCAAACCUUCAUUUUGAAAAACCAUCUGACCAAAUCCCUGCUCUUAAAGAAGGUCGAUGUAAAGUUGUAACAGAAUUAACUCCCUGGACUGGGGAUUACGCGGUCGUUAAUACUAUAGCAUUAUCUGGUCCUAGUGCUAAUAUUAUAUUAAAAGAUUUUAAAAAGAACAAAAAAAAUAAUGGGAAACCUGACGACAGUCUUCCAAGAUUAGUCAAUUGUUCAGGACGUACAGAAGAAACUGUUAACUUCUUCCUAAACGCUAUGGAAAGUAGACCUGUUGAUGUAGAAAUGCUUCAGCUUCUUUACGAUGUAUUUGAAACUGAAAUUCCAGCUCAUAUGUAUAGAGGAUAUACACUACUUCCUCCAAAUGGAUUGUUAAAGACUAAAACGCGAGGAAUUCAAUACAACACAGGUGAUACGAGAAAAGUUUGGUACAUGUUUUCCGGUAUGGGUUCUCAAUGGGUUGGAAUGGGAGAAGCUUUAUUGCAAAUACCAAUUUUCGCGCAAGCUAUAGAGAAGUGCGAUAAAGUUCUUAAGCCAAAGGGUAUCGACAUUUUCCGCAUCAUUACAGAAAAGGAUCCAAAAAUGUUUGACAAUAUUGUUAAUUCUUUUGUUGGAAUUGCUGCUAUUCAGAUUGGAUUAGUAGAUCUUUUAGACUCCAUUGGACUAAAACCAGAUUUCCUAAUUGGUCAUUCAGUUGGAGAAUUAGGUUGUGCUUAUGCUGAUGGAUGUUUUACAGCAGAGCAAAUGAUUCUUGCUGCAUUAUAUAGAGGUCUGGCCUCAGUAGAAUCAGAAAUGCCUAAAGGUUCUAUGGCAGCAGUUGGCCUUGGUUAUAAGGAAAUCAAAAACCUUUGCCCACCCGAUAUUGAUGUAGCUUGUCAUAAUAGCGCUGACAGUUCCACUAUCAGUGGUCCUGCUGAAUCUAUGGAAGCAUUCGUCGCACAAUUGAAAGCGAAAAAAAUUUUUGCCAAGGAAGUGGCAUGUAGUAACAUAGCCUACCACAGUCGUUACAUUGCUCCAGCAGGUGAAAAAUUAAGAAAAUACCUUCAAGAGAUAAUACCUAAUCCAAAACCUCGAACUAAUCGCUGGGUAAGCAGUUCAGUUCCACGUGCUGAAUGGAAUUCUGUUCGAGCCCGACUAUCGUCUGCAGAAUAUCACACAAACAACCUUUUAAAUUCCGUUCUCUUUGCCGAAAGUGCGAAAAUGAUUGAGCCAAAUGCAAUUGUUAUUGAAAUUGCCCCCCACGGACUUUUACAGGCAAUUGUGAAAAAAUCCUUACCAGAAGAUGUCAUCAAUUUACCGUUAACUAAAAGAGGCCAUACAGACAAUGUCUCAUUUCUUUUUGAUGCUUUAGGUAAAAUAUACAAUGCUGGAUGCAAUAUCAAAAUUUCCAAUCUUUAUCCUAAAGUUAAGUAUCCUGUUUCACGUGGAACACCAUCAAUAUCGUCUUUAAUUCAAUGGGAGCACUCAACUGAAUGGGAUACUAUCACCCUCAAGCAAUUGAAAGAAAUUAAACCAGGAGAGUUAAACUUUGUAAUAGAUUUAAAGGAUGAUAAGUGGAAAUAUUUAAAACAUGCCAAGAUCGAGAACAGAAUUGUGAUUCCUAGUUCUCUGUAUUUAAAUCUUGCGUGGGAUGUUUUAAAAUCAUUAAAAGAUUGUUCUGAAGCCUCUAUUCUUUACAAAAAUGUCAAAAUUCACAAACAACAAGUAGAAAUACCGAUCGACGAAACUAUUGUAUUAGUAACAAUGGUUCAUAAAGGCUCUGGUUUCUUUCAAGUAACAACCAAAAACGAAAUAUUACUGUGCUCUGGAAUAUUGCAAGUGACUGAUGUCCCUGAUAAGAACUGCAUUCAAGUUCAUGAAAAUGAUGAAACAAUUUAUCAAGAUUUGAGUGAAAGUGACGUUUAUACUGAAUUACAGAUGCGAGGUUUACAAUACACAGGUCCCUUUAGAACAAUUCGUAAAUCAUCAACUAGUGGGUCAAAGGGAACUUUAUUAUGGAAUGAUAAUUGGACAACAUUUUUAGAUGGAAUGAUGCAGAUGUAUGUUUUUGGAAAUGAUAUUAAAAAAUCACAAGUGCCAUUUAAAAUUAGAAAAAUCGUUAUUAACUUAAAAUUGCACGAAGAAAUUAUUAGCAAUUCAGAUGAAAUACCUGCAUCAGUUUACAAGAAAUUAGAAAUUAUUAGAGCUGGUGGUAUACAAAUCGAAGGAAUCGGUUUAAAAUCUAUAUUGCACGAAUCUUGGAAAAAUAAGGUUGUUGUUAACAAAAUUGAAAUUCUUCCUGGAAUAGAUGGAACAUACAAAAAAUGUCCAAUUGUUUCCAACCUUCAACAAAUGUCGAAUUGGAGAGCUGAACAGUUGAAUCCCUCUGAAUUAGAUACUAUUUCUUGGGUCGAAGGGUUCCCUAGAAAUAUUGCUGACACAAUCAAAGUUGAAUACUCUGCAGUUAAUGAAGCAGAUAUUCUUUCAGCAAUUUCAAAAAUAGCUUUAGAUGGGACUGUUAAAAAUAGAAUUGACAGUAAGUCAUUUGGUCAAGAAUAUUCAGGAAUUAGUUCAAAGGGAAAUAGAGUUAUGGGAAUUUCGAAAAAUAGUACAUUUUCAAAUUAUAUAACACCUGACACUGAUUACACAUGGCAAAUACCUGACAAUUGGUCUUUAGAAGAUGCUGCAACCGUACCAUUUGCAUAUGCAGUUGCAUACUUGUCUUUAGUGAUAAAGGGAGAUUUACGAAGCUAUGAAUCAGUUUUUGUCUACGAUAGCGCUUGCUCAAUUGGCCAAGCUAUCAUUAAUAUAGCCUUAAAUAUUACAUCACAAGUAUUCGUUGGACACGCUAAAGAUAUCGACAAAAAUAAUCUAAAAAGCAGUUUUCUAAAUAUUCCUGAAAAUCAUUUUAUAAGUGCAUCAGGAUGUUUUGCUGAUAAUCUCUUGGCACAAACAGAAGGAAAAGGAGCUGACUUAGUGAUAUAUAUUGGUGAUGAUUUAAUUAAAGUAGAGUCUUGUUUAAUGUGUGUGAAAAAUAAAGGAAGAGUCAUUAUCAUCGGAAAUUUAGAAGAAGAAUUUAGUAAAUCAUGCAAAUUGGGAAUAGUAGGAAUGCAAAUUUUCUUGAGAGAAAUUGCUUUGCACUCAAUAAUUCCAACGAAAAUAAACAAUCAUGAUCAAGUUACAAAAAGAAAAUUAUCACAAAUGAUUAAGAAUGGAAUAACAGCACAAAAUGUAAAACCAUUGUUUAGACGUAUCUAUCCAAGGGAAAUGUUAAAAGAAGCUUUUAUUGACGGAGCUUCAAAUAAUGUUUUUGGAAAAAUCAUUGUUAGAGUACAACCGGAUAAUGGAUGCGAUACAGCUUUGGCAAUUCCUCGUUUCUUGUGUAGAAGUGAGAGAUCUUAUUUGAUUCUUGAAGGAUUAAGUGACUUUGGACUCGAACUAAUUGACUUUUUAGUUAUCAGAGGUGCCAGAAAUAUUGUUAUAGCUUCCGAAUCAAAAAAUACAAGAGCUUACGGUAAUCAUAGAAUUAAUUUAUGGAGAGGAUAUGGAGUAACAGUUGUAGUUCGUGAAGAAUUGGACCUUACCCAACAACAAAAUGGAAAUGCUCUACUUGAAGAUGUCAGUACUCUUGGUACAGUAGAUGCCAUUUUCGAUCUACAGCGAGUUGAACAAUCAUCAAAACGGUCAUCUGAAUCAAAAUAUUUGUUUACUAAAUAUCUUUUUGAGGAAUCUAAGCGAAUGUGUCCUGAUUUACAUCAGUUUAUUGUUUUUUCAACAUGUAAAGAUAUUAAAGAAAAUGUCGACGAUAUUUUACUGAGAGAAAUCGAUUUAAUGGAAAUUUUUAAAGCAACAUUAUCAGUAGAUACCACAGGACUUUUGAUUCUUUUAGGACCAGUUUCUGGAAUUGCGGGAAGAACAACUGAAAAUGAUAAUAAUUUACCUUUGUUAUCUAUUUCUAGUAUUAUAGACCAAAUGGAUAAUUUAAUUGGAGCGAAGGCAACAAUUGUAUCUGUUUCUCAUAAUUCAUUAGAAGCCGAUUCUGAGAAUAUUGACAAAAGGGACUAGUGAAAAAAAAAUUUAAUCUUUAAAAAAAUAUUAACUAUAUUUGCACUGCUUCUGUGCACAUAUUACGAGAUAUAAAAAGCGAAUCUAUAUAAAAGUCUAAACAAUAAAACCUAGUAUACCACUAAACCAGAUUCUGAGUUUUGGGGAAUGCUCUUAUUUCUUAUCGCUUCUAAAGGAAAAUACAUAAAUAAAGACAAACAAAAAAAAAAAAGAAGGAGUAGAGUUUUCGCAUGUGCGAAUGAAGGUACCAUACGGGAAUUGAUUUCUACAAUCUAAUCAGUGAAGCGGACGUUCUCUUCUCUUCCUGGAAACCGGGUCGUCGUGCGCGGUAUUAUACGCAGAAAACUAAGACACGAGAGGGUCUUGUGGGCGAGAAUUGAGGGAAAAAAGCAAUGAAAAAAAGAGAAAAAUACAAAUAAACCAAAGGCACGAACCAAGAAUCCAAGGCAGCAUGAUGGGGACGAAAGAGAGAGAGAGAGAGAGAGGUCAGAGGAGAUACAAGGCGCGACUGAGUGGGACUCACAUAGGUAACUUAACUUACCCCGCACGGUUCACCAUGAAAUAUCGCGAACACUGUUCCAACUUCAGCCUAAGCGAUGUUUUCAGCAACAUCACUUGAUCUAAUUUGUUACACUUUCAACUAAUUUAUUACUUUAGCUUCACACCUUUAACGGAUUAAUGUUCUGUGUACUCUUCUUUCUCUCUUUCAUGUAUAUCUAUAUAUAUACACUGAACAUUAUCACACUUUCCUUUUUUUAUAUAAUCUUAACAAACUAAUCUAAAUUAUAUCGAAUAUUAUUACAUCUCUGACAAUUUAUAAUGUUCUCUCAAUAUUUUUGUAAAGCUCAAUAUAGAAUAUACACGCAUAUGAACAAUUUAAAUUAGUUAAAAAUUUGUUAAUUUAGUUUG